GAAGCAAAAGAAGUUGUUCUCAUUAUUGUGAGUCUUUACGACUGAUUAGGGGUAAUGCUUCUGUCAGAAAAUCUGUGACAGCACAGCAGAAACAUUCACGCUUGCCAAAAGAAACAAAUAGACUAAAUCUAGUUAGGAGAAAACAACACUGAGUAGUGAUUUUUACAGAGAAAGGCAAUCAGGCAUUGUCAGCAAAAUUCGUAUUAAGGUGUAAAAUGUAAGGCUAAGGAAAAGAAACAACUAUUGUGAAGAUGCAGUACAAAUCCAAAAAGGGAAGAGAGUUCAAAUGACUUCAUGUGUUAUACAAUGUGCUUAGGGCUUCCAUAUUUCUUUGUGGGAAGUCAUGGACAGAAAACUCGGGCACGUGGGCAGCAAGUCUGACACAUACUGGAUACGUAGGCCAUACUGUGUAUUCCUAGGAUCAUUUUGUAACAAAUACUGAAUGUGCUGGGUCUGCCGCCUGGGUGCCAUGACGCCUCUCUGCCUGGGAAGGAUGCUCUUGGUGUCCCACAGUGUAAACUGGCUGCACGUGUGCAGGAGCCGUAGCUGUUUUUCUGGGCCUUCCCAGAAAAGGAAGCUCCCUGCAGCACCUGCCAGGCACCGCCUUCCUGUGCCUGGAAACCUGCCAUGGAUCAUCUUCUGCAGCAAGUGUUAAUGGGGACUACUGUCUUCACAGCCCUGACACUAGAGGUGCUUCGUUCUUGAGGGUAAUUUCAAAAUGCCCAUAGGAAUAAUAGAAACUAGUCAUGGAGGUGCUUUUCUUAUACACAGAUACUGGGCAGUGCAGUAAGUUUCUAGCCCAUACUAAACAGAUUCAGUGAAAAGUUAAACUAUUAUUUCUUACCUUUUAUCUUUUUUUCUUUUUUUGCCUUGCAAUUUAAUGCUCAUAUUGAUUUGUAUGGUGGAAAAUUACCAUACUGUCCAGAUGUUCCUACUGUGAACAUUUGCAAAUAUGGUGCAUGUACCGGGUUUCAGCCUUCUUUUGACAUGCAGAUGCUGUUUUCCCUAGUGGAAGUGUGGGCUGCUGGGUAGUGGAUUUGAAAGCAGAGUUUUAAAAUGGCUGUGUUACAGAAAAAUGUAUUUAUUUUCCUGAAGAGUUUACAGCUGAAAACAGGCAAGAUAAGAAAGGGAAAGAAGAAAUAUAGUUGCAGCCUUUAUUUUACAUCUGGGGAACAGUAGCUGAGAGAGUAAGUUGUCUGAGGUUGAGGGCAAGUUUAACCACAAACUGGAUAUGAAUCUAUUAAAAACCAGUCUAGCUGCUUAACCACAUGAUCAUUGUUUCAUCUGUCCUACUGCAAAGGUAAAAUGGAUGCUUUAUGGUUAGAAAAGAAGUGUUAAAUAUCUGAACUUCACUGUCUCUAAGAUUGCAUAUUCUGUUAUUAAAACUGAAAGCAUUUUUUCAAUUCAUUUGUUUAUCACUAUGAUUGCAAUCUUUUUGUAUUUCUCUUCGUCUAGACAGGGAAGUGGAUCUGCCAAGGUCAGCUUCUAUAGAGUAGUCAGUAGCCUGUCUGAUUAUUUUUAGCUUUUCAUCCAUUAGCACAGACCUGAAAAAACAGGGUUACGUUUGGUGUCUGUAGAACCAAUAUGGUGGUUCCAGUCAUUUGGAAGAUGUUCUUUGUGUAUCGUAUGUAGUAACAAUAUUUACUACGUGUAGUUCUUCUCAGAAGCUUGUUUGGUGAAUGAGAGAGGCUGGGAGCACAGAAGCACUUGUGAUCAAUGUAUCAAUGUUUGCAAUAAGGGAGUUAGAAGACAGAAGGGAAACUUCCAGGGCUUUCAUCUUAAGGGCUAUGAUCAGCAUAAGUAUAUAAGGUGUUAAUUUGGGGAGGGGUAUAGGUUGUUUUUUAAAAUAAGCAUGAUCAUAACCAGAGAUCUGUAGAGCCAUAGGAUCAUUCAUUUUGGAAGAGGUCUCAGAAUAUUCCAGUCAGAACUAACAUCCAGGCUGAACUGCUUAUUUUCCAUUUUUAUUCAUAUUGUCUCUUCUGCUCUUGCCGUGAGCCCCUGGGAAGAGCCUGACUCCUCUGUCUCAGUGAUGUCCCUGUAGGUGUGCACAGGUGGCUGUUUGGGCCCCCACAGCUGUCUCUUCCCCAGGCUGAUCAAGCUCUGCUUCCCCAGCCUCUCCUCACAAGAUCAUCUCUCCCUUCUAAUUUGGAGAUAAGGCAAUUGGAAGAUGGGACUGAAGGAGUGUUUGCUCUGACUCAGCUAGUGAAACGUACACAGUUUGGCCCAUUUGAAUCCAAGAGAGUUGCCAAGCUGGAAAAAGAAUCAGUUUUUCCCCUGAAGCUGUUCCAGAAGGAUGGGCCCCUGGUAUAUUUUGACACCUCGAAUGAAGAUGAUUGCAACUGGAUGAUGAUGGUGCGACCAGCCACUGAAUAUGAGCAUCAAAAUUUAACUGCCUUCCAGCAUGACAAUGAUAUUUACUUCACCACCUCCCGGGACAUCCCACCAGGAACUGAGCUGCGAGUGUGAUGUGUGUUUGGUAGUGAUGGAAUCUGAUAAAGAGGGGAAUAAAAUCUCUUCAAAACCUUCGUCUGCUGUCUUCCCCCAUAAAAAAACGAAGAAAUCCAGCAUACCAGCAGCUGAUCCAGCAGUGAAUGCUCCAGAAGGCACUGGAUUUGCAGAAGCAGAGUCCAGCCAGUGGACGUGUAAAGUGUGUUCAUCUGCCUUCCAGGAGCCUCAGCUGCUCACAGAACACUUGCUGAGUCACCUGGAACAAGCUAAAGGUGCCCGCCAAACCAGCCAAAAUGGGGCUGUUGCAGAGAAAGCAGCAGAGGGUCCCCCUGUGGAUCAGCCAGUGAUUUGUGAUGCAGCCAGUGCCAGUACAGACUCAAGGAGGAAGGCCAGGCGGGGAAGAAAGCCCAAAACAGCAAAAGCAGAAACACCUCUCGUCGUUGUUGAAGAGAAGGAUUCUGCAGUGGAACGUGUAGCUGAUGUUGUAACGGAGGUCCCACCAGAAGAGGUAGCCUUGCCUUCAGCUGCAGAAGAGAGGAUUAUGGAAUUGGUUUUAGGAAAGAUGCCUAGCACCACAAAUAGCAUCAGUUCAGUGACAAAUAGGUUUGCUCAUCACCAAAACACCAUGUCCCUCAAAAGAAGUUUAAUUCUCUCCAGUAGACAUGGUAUACGGCGGAAGCUGAUAAAACAACUUGGGGAGCACAAGAGAGUCUAUCAAUGCAGUAUCUGCAGUAAGAUCUUCCAGAACAGCAGCAACCUCAGCAGGCACAUCCGUUCUCAUGGUGACAAACUAUUUAAAUGUGAGGAAUGCGCAAAGCUGUUCAGCCGUAAAGAGAGCUUGAAGCAGCAUGUUUCAUACAAGCACAGCAGGAACGAAGUUGAUGGUGAGUACAGAUACAAGUGCACCACGUGUGAAAAGGCCUUUCGGAUAGAGAGUGCAUUGGAAUUCCAUAACUGCAGGACAGAUGACAAGACGUUCCAAUGUGAGAUGUGUUUCAGAUUCUUUUCUACAAACAGUAAUCUUUCAAAACACAAAAAAAAGCAUGGGGAUAAGAAGUUUGCAUGUGAAAUCUGCAAUAAAAUGUUCUACCGGAAGGAUGUCAUGCUAGACCAUCAAAGACGACACUUGGAAGGGGUGAGGCGUGUGAAAAGAGAAGACUUUGAGCACAGCACAGAAAACAUGGUUCGCUACAAGAAGGAGCCUUCGGGAUGCCCUGUGUGCGGGAAGGUAUUUUCAUGUAGGAGCAAUAUGAACAAACACCUUUUAACACAUGGAGACAAGAAAUACACUUGUGAAAUCUGUGGACGUAAAUUUUUCAGGGUGGAUGUGUUGAGAGAUCAUAUUCAUGUCCAUUUUAAGGACAUAGCACUAAUGGAUGAUCACCAGAGAGAAGAGUUCAUUGGUAAAAUUGGAAUCUCAUCAGAGGAAAACGAUGACAACUCUGAUGAAAGUGCAGAUUCUGAGCCUCACAAGUAUAGCUGCAAAAGGUGCCAGUUGACUUUCGGCAGAGGGAAGGAGUACCUGAAGCACAUAAUGGACGUGCACAAGGAGAAAGGCUAUGGCUGUAGCAUUUGUAAUCGACGUUUUGCCUUGAAGGCAACUUACCAUGCACACAUGGUCAUUCAUCGGGAGAACCUGCCUGAUCCUAAUGUGCAGAAAUACAUCCAUCCAUGUGAAAUCUGUGGAAGGAUUUUUAACAGUAUAGGAAAUCUGGAAAGACAUAAGCUUAUACAUACAGGUGUAAAAAGUCAUGCUUGUGAGCAAUGUGGCAAAUCAUUUGCUAGAAAAGACAUGUUAAAAGAACAUAUGCGAGUCCAUGAUAAUAUCCGAGAAUACUUGUGUGCAGAAUGUGGCAAAGGAAUGAAGACAAAACAUGCACUUCGUCACCACAUGAAACUUCACAAAGGGAUUAAAGAAUAUGAAUGCAAGGAAUGUCACCGAAAAUUUGCACAGAAAGUCAACAUGCUGAAGCAUUACAAAAGACACACGGGAAUCAAAGAUUUCAUGUGUGAGCUCUGUGGCAAGACAUUUAGUGAGAGAAAUACAAUGGAGACUCAUAAGUUGAUUCAUACAGUAGGAAAACAGUGGACAUGUUCAGUCUGUGAUAAGAAAUAUGUCACUGAUUACAUGCUACAGAAGCACAUCCAGCUCACUCAUGAUAAGGUAGAAGCCCAGAGCUGUCAGCUGUGUGGGACAAAAGUUUCUACCAGAGCAUCCAUGAGUCGACAUAUGAGGCGUAAACAUCCAGAGAUUCUUUCGGUGAGGAUUGGUGAUUUAGAGCAGCUGCCAGAGACAACUACCAUUGAUGCCUCCUCAAUUGGGAUUGUUCAGCCGGAAUUAGCCUUGGAACAGGGAGAAUUACCAGAAGGGAAGCAGCAUAUGAAAGCUUCUAAACGUGGCCAGAAACGAAAACAAAAGUCAGGUGAGGAGGAGGAAGCUCAAGUGCCUGAGGAACCUGCCUUCAGUGAAUACACAGAGAAGGAAGGUGAAUUCACAGGGAAUGUUGGAGAUGAGACUAAUUCAGCUGUACAGAGCAUCCAGCAGGUGGUGGUGACCCUUGGUGGCCCAAAUGUCACAGCCCCUUCCAGUUCUGUGGGGCUGACAAAUAUCACUGUUACCCCCAUUACAACAGCAGCUGGAACCCAAUUCACAAACCUCCAGCCAGUGGCUGUGGGCCAUCUGACUGCACCUGAACGCCAGUUACAGCUGGACAACUCAAUUCUCACCGUGACGUUUGACACCGUCAGUGGUUCUGCUAUGCUGCACAAUCGCCAAAAUGACAUUCAGAUCCAGCCGCAGCCAGAGGCAGCCAAUCCUCAGUCUGUGGCCCAUUUUAUAAACCUGGCCACCUUGGUGAACUCCAUUGCUCCUCUAGGGAACCAGAUAACAGAACAGCAUCCUCUGACAUGGAGGUCAGUGCCUCAGACUGAUGUCUUGCAGUCCCAGGCACAGCCAACGCAACAGCAGUCAGGACAGCAACAGGUUCAAACAGAGCAACAACAACAGAUGUAUAGCUACUAAUUUAUACUUCGAAAAGUUUUGAAGUGGACAGUACUUAGAGACAAAAACACACAGAUGUUUGGAAAAUUUCUAAUAGGAUUGUUUGCUGGAUACCAAACAGAGAUGGGAAAAUGUUUAUACAAUGAAAUGUAAGCUAAAAUUGGCAUAGCACCCUGCAACACCCUGAUCUUGAGAUUCUCACGCUGUCUCUAGACCUUGCAUUGUCUUAGAAAAAAGAAAAAAAUCUUACCAUAAAUUUAGCACCCCCUUGCACUAUGUAUUUCAUGCAGUAAGAUUGAGAUUUGACAGGAGCAUCAUAAUAUAUCUUAACCAGAGCAGGGAAAUCCUAAAUAUUAUGACACUUACACUUGAUUUACAAAACCCUUUCAGCCAUACCAUGUCACUUCUUUCCAGUCUGGAAAUUACAUAUGAAGACCUUGUUCACUUUGAGGUGGAAUGCAUUUGUGGUCAGCUGGUAAAGACCGAAAUGUAAAGACACAAAUGGGCAAAACAAUAAUUGUCUUGGUUUUUAUCUUCUUUAGGUCUUGUAUUUAACAACAUCGGUAAAGUAGGUGGAGGUUGGGGCUUUGGGGUGGGGAUAAGUGUGGUGUGGAAGAAAAUACAUGAAUUUCAUAAAGUAUUUCCAUUUUAGUCAUGGGAAAAACCCUGUACCCAUAACACAGUGUUAGUGCUACUUGAAUCAGAUAGCUGGUCUAAUGCUAAAGCAACUUUUAUGGUCUUCUAGUCAAGUUUGACUCAAACCAGUUAUGAACUGAAAAAAAAGAAUGUGAUACAGUUUUAUGUAAUUUUUCAAAACUGCUCUUUCAAUCUUGCUUUUAGCUAAUAGGUCUGAAGAGCAAUCAGUCCCCUUUGAUCAAGUUCAGGAUGUGAUUUUUUUUCAAUUAGUCGUCUUUCAUCAUGUAAUAAACAUUUGAGAAAGCAUUCUUUUUUAUAUAUAUAUACAUAUAUAUAUAUAUAGCCUUUGUACUUACUGUGUGUUCCUGGUGAGUAUUGGUGUGAAAAAGUUAUCAAUAUGAUUCAUUAAUUUUUUCAUCUCCAUAUUGCCCUUUCUCACAGAAAUAACGUAUGGAUUCUAUUCCUUCUCUUUCCAAAACUGUUUUCAAAAUUUGUAGCCACACACAAGAUUGUGUGAAAUGCAAGAAAAAAGAAUGUCUGAAGCAUAUUCUGCCACAUGGAGGCAGUAUGCCCUAGUGUAUAAUGGACAAGGUGUGCAUGACUGUUGGGGAUAUAAGUAGUGGGUUGGGUCAAAUACAUCAUUGCUGAUACAAUGCUUUCAUUCCAUUCUCCAUACAUUGAUGUGCAGUCUGGACUUUUGCAUGUCAAGAAGAUAGUGUCUUUCCCACAGAGAAAAAGCAGCUUAUAUCAAAAAGGAAUAAACUAAAAGAAAAAUGUUGCUGCCUGGAAUCCUGAAAGGCAAAUCUGUCCUUCCAGCUGUGGCUGAAGAACAAGGUCCUUUGGGGCACCAGACUGAGCCACAGAACCGUGCUAAAGAUUUUUGCUGAGGAUAAAGCAGCUGCUGUGUUUGACAGUGAAGAUAGAUUAAUGGUUGUAAAAAUCCUGUCUGUGCCUAUCAUAUUUAUGAAAAUGUUUUAUGUAUUAGCAAAAAUAUGAGUAGGAAUGACUUAAGCUUUGAAAGUCUGUAUUAACAUGGACUACUUGACCCCUGAAGGAUGCCUUAUAAUCUCUACAACAAAUUCUUCCAAAGUAUAAAUGUCUGGAUAUUAAAGUUAACCUCCAGUGGUUUUCUUGGUGCCAUAGCAGUGUCCAGAGGCUCACUAUGCUAGGCUCUGUGUAAAGCUUAGUUGCAACAGGACAUGUAUAGGAAAGGGGUUUCUGGUGACAGAUUUUGUGUGUCAGAGGAGCAGAACUACUUUUCUGUAAACAUCAGCAAGCCUGUAGAAUGUCUGCAUGGGAGGGACCUAUAUUUGGUGGGAAAAAGAUGCAUAUCAGAAAGAGAAAAUAUCUUCUACCAGUGUGGGAAAGAGAAUUUUUCAUUCCCUAGCCCCUUCUGCCUUCCUCAGAUCCUUUUCACACAAUACCAUGAGAUCCUGUAGUUUUAUUAGCCACCUAAUCCCGAGAAGUGCAGUUUUAUGUCCCUCUUAUCUGGAUUAUUUCACCACUGGCUUGAGCCAGUUAAGUUUCUCCUCAGCUGUCCUGUCCACAAAUGCUUCCCCUUCACACCAAACCCACUAGCCAAGAGAAAGCUAGGUUUUAUUUAUGAAAAUAAAUGAUGUUGUUUAUGUACUUGAAGCUUCCCCCUGCCCCCCCGUGUUUGGUGCCUAAUUGGUAAAGGCACAUUAUCUUUUGGCAGGGUACUCCGGAGGGGAAAAAAAAAAGGGGGGGGGUCGGAGAGGAAAGCAAAUGGAGAGGUCCUAGGUCAAGUUGUUAUGGUAAAUAAAAGAUGGCUACCAUCUAAAAAAAUACAUAUGUAUAUGUACACACACACGGAGGGUUACAGUGCUGCAUAUAGAGUUUCUACAAGGUCAGGGUUUUGUUUAGACAUACAUAAAUGGUGAUUAAGCUUUUAAGUGGGGAAGAAGAGGUUUUUUGCCUUAGCUGCAGAGUGAAUACAUCUGCUCUAUGUGAAUACUACUGAUAGUAGCAUUCAUGAUGCAUUGAAUCAACCUGAGUCAUUUUAACAUGUAAUUAUCUAUCUGAUAAGAAUUGCAUAUGGAGGUAAACAACCCUUACAGAGACCUCUGACUUCACAAAACCUCUUUAUCCUAAUGUGAUCCUCUGGUAUUCUGUACUUUUAUGCUGCCUAGCAUCCCUCCCACACUAACUGGCCUGCAUAAUCCCAUCCAGGCAGGUUAGCAUUUUACCUUUCUGAUAAUGAUUGAUUCUAGCUAAUUUAAAAAGGAACGAUCACAUAAUAAAUACUUGCAUGUUGGUGGUCACAUAGAACAGAAAUGUCUCUCCAGUCUCUCAGUAUCCCCAAAUCAUAGAGCAGCCCAGGUUGGAAGGGACCUCAGAAGAUCAUCCGGUCCGGCCUUUUUUGGGAAAGGGAGCUUAGAUGAGAUUAUCUAGCACCUUGUCCAAUUGCACCUUUAAAACCUCCAGUGACAGGGACUCUACCAUGUCCCUGGGGAGGUUGUUGCAGUGGAUUAUUGUUCUUACUGUAAAAAUUAUCUUAAAUAAUAUUCUGCUUUAGGAGGGAAAAAUAUAACCACUGGAAGGGCUUUGACUAGGCCAGGCAAUAGAAAGUUCUCUAAAAGCUAAUCUUCCCCAGAGCAGUCCUUUUGGAAAUGAGCUUGACUCUCCCUGCAACCAUUGCUAUGGUACCUCAUCAUCUCUCAGUGUGAUUUUAUUAUUACUAUUGUUAUUAACAUCCCUAUAAGAACGCAACUGUAUCUUGGGUGUGCUGCAACAUGAAACAUUUCAAAACAAAUUAUUCUGGUUUUGUUUCAAACAAAUUGUUUUGUUUCAAACAAAUUAUUUUGUUUGGAGAAGUUGGAAAUUGAUACCUUUUCAGAUAGAGCUUACCUUGGAGAACUAUUGACUGCCAGCUGCCCUCCCAACAAAGCCUUUUUCGGAUGAAUACCAAAGUUAUACUGAUGCUGUUUCAAACUGCACAAGAAAUAAAACUACGUAAGGGAUGUGCAAUCUAAAUUUCCUUUGCCAAUUUGUUACUAGCCUUUUCAGCUAUAGGAUGUGAAGGUUAUUGUUUUCAGCCACGUGUUGGAGAUUUUGCAUAACAACUGUUCAGUAACAAACUGGAAUUAGUUUGAGCCAAAGGAGUGAUGUUGUGUAGUAUUCUGUGUAUUGUCAUUGUUUAUUGCUAAGACUAUUAUUUAAUUGAAUGCUGUUUGUGGCACAUGGGCUCUGAAGUAAAGGAGCAUCAAGGUACAGAA